AUGUUUUCUGAUGACGGUUUCAUUGGUUGUCCCCGGGGCAUAGAAAAUCUAAGGAGUCUGAAGGACAGCCUGGGUGAUAAGGUGCUUGAGCAAGUGAACAGCUCUCAGGAGUUGGUGAUGCUGAACAGUUUCUCAAGGGAAGCCAGCGAGUAUCAGAUCAAAAAGUCGUUGCAGCAAAGAAUUUCGGACAUAGCCUCUUGGCGUUGGGUGCUGGAAGACCUGUCCAAUCGUCUGGAUGAAGGCAUCGAAGCGUUGAAGCAUGAACACAACGCACUCAGAGUUAUAGUCCAGAGGCUGCAGAACGAGAUCAACGACCACUCCAGAGAGGCAAGUAGACCUGGAGCCUUGAAACCUUCAAAUGACCCUGUGGAGGAGGCGAUUUUGGAGGAAUACAAUUUCCUUCGUGAACAAAAGAAAAAUUUCGAGAAGAUGAUCCCAGAAUUGGACAAGCAGACUGCUUCCCUACAUAAAACUAAGAAAAGAAUAGAAGCGGACUUGAAAUUUAAACAAGACGCUCUUACUGUUGAAGAAUCUUGUGCUAAAAUAGACAUAAACUCUCUGUCCAACUUUAAAGUGAAGAAAAAUAAGAAAAGAAGUUUUUCACCUUUAACUCGUUGGGAGAAUCGAUGCGCGUCAUUGAAACGGGCUGGGUUGAAUGCACUUAGCAAUGCUGUUAUAACGAGACAACAGGUAAGAGGUGCAAGAGUACACUUAUCUAUCGCCGCGCAAUCAUGUGGGGCUAAAGUGGAUGCGGCACUGCGCAGACGCCUGCACAACAACACCACAAAACUGCAGGAAUUGCAGUGGCAACGAGAAGAGGCUGUACGAGAUCUGACUGUCCUCGACGAAGAAUUGGUAGCAACUGAACAGAAUGUUCUGGAAACAAUGGACCAGGAACGAGUGGUGGAAGCUAGACUAGCAGACCGCACACUCCGGCCGGCGAAGGAGACCACUAGAGACGACGUGGACAGAAAACUACGAGAAGAAUUAGCCAGGCUGAAGCGAUUUAAUAACAACCUGCAGGGCAAUAUACAAAAGAUCGUGCGCUUACAAAACAAGUUAAACGACACAAUAUCACGCAUCGACUGCUGCGCGGAAGACCUAGCUCAAGUGGUCCACCUAGACCAGGAUAGGAUGGCUUGGAGACUUGGCGAACAAGUCAAGUGCGACUCUGGAACUACCGCAGCUCCCCCACCAAAGUGUGCUGCUCCAAUUCCCACAUUCAAUCAUGGAGUGCCACUCAAAACCAUAAAAGAAGAAGACGAAAAUGAAGAUGACUACCCUUUUGAUUAUUAA